GAAUCCUCCAUUAUGUAGCUUGUGGCGUACGUCGCGGUAGUUAAGGUGUUUGUGACGUUGAAACAAUUUUACGUUUCUCAAAUUUAUUUGUUAACUAUUAGAGCUGGUGUGUAUGAUGAAGAAACAACUUUUAUAAUCCUAGAAAUAAUAUCUGCAGUUCAAUGGAGUCACUGGAUAAUACUGAGCAAAUUGAAUCUGGGUUUUCUGAGAAGAAAUCUUCAGAUGGUUCUGGAGUUAAUGACCAGUUUAGUGAAAUAGUACAAAAUAACAUUAAUAAUGAUUCAGAGAGUAUUAUAGUUAAUAUGAGUGAUAUUGAUGUUCCCAAAAGUGAAUCCUUGAAAACUUUAUGUAAUGAUGCAGACAUUAAUGUUAAUACUAGUGAUAUCGUAGAUUCAGUGUUGCAAAAUUUAGAAGCUAGUGAAGCAGCUUUGUUAAAUAAUGUUGAAGAAAGUGUAGAUAAGCAGAAUGUAGCAUCAGAAAGUGUAGAUAAGCAGAACGUAGCAUCAGAAUGUGUGCAAAAUGUCCAGUCAGAAAUGGACAUUGAUCUACCAAUUUCCAGUCCAGCUAAGGAAUACUCAACAGAAGACACUUCCAUGGAGGUUGAAACUACUUCACAAACUGAUAAACCUACAUCAAUAAAAAGCAAUGAGGAGAAUAUAAAAGAACAAUGUUCUCAAAUUAAGAAGAUUGAUAAUACUGCCUCUGAAAGUAGUGGUAGUGUUGAAAGUAGUAAAAAAGAUGCAGAUGAUAUAAUAGCAGAACAAGAGUUUGAAAGUCAGAGUUUUGAAACAAAUGAAAGUAUAUCAGAAACCAGUAACGAAAAUAGUGAAAACUUAACAUCAACUGCAAUUGAAGAAAAAUCUUGUAAAUUGCAAGAGACUGUGGAUUCUUUUGAAAAAGAAAGGACUAAUGAGGAUGCUGAAAUUUCAACAGAGACAUCUACAAAAAAUGGGGAAAGUGUCCAGGAAGAUGAAGAUGAAGAAGAUGAUAAUGUUAAUAGCAAACAGAGUAAAACAAAUAAAGAUGCUGAAACAAAUUCUUCUGAAGAAAAUAACCUUCAUGAAAAGUCUAGUGAUGCAGAGCAAAACAGUGAAACUCAAGAUAAAGCGGGAGUUGAUUUUGAAAAUGAUGAAAGAGACAAUACAGAAAAGACAGUAUUUGUACAUGUCAGUACUGAAAAUGAAAAGGAAGACAAAUCAGCAGGUGGUCAAGAUAUGGCAGGCGAUGACGAUGAGCCUCAAGAAGAUCCAAUAGCAUCAGAUGGUUCUGAUGGACAAAUUGACGAAGAUUCUAAUAAUAUUGAUGAAGCAGAACAACAAGGGGCUGAUGAAGAAUUAUGCAUUAUUCCAGACACUGAACGUAUCAUAUCACAAGAAGAAAAAGAAGCUGCAGCAGCUAUGAUACCUUUGAGAGAUCCAGCAGAAGUAAUAAGUGCAGAAAGUGGCUCGAAUGAUUCUGGACAGCUUGAUGGUGCUGGAGCAUCUAAGGAAAAAUAUAUAGUAGCAACGAACACUGAUGAAAAUGUUCAUACAUGUGUUCAGUGUUGUUUGCCUAGAAAAUCUAAAUAUACUGUCACAUUAAAUACAAAUACAUCUUAUGUGUGUGAUGACAAUUGCCUAUCAAUUUUUAAAUCGGAAAACAAUGAAAAAAAUAUUUGUUUGGAAGGAGAUUUAAGAGUUAAAAAUCUAUCUGAUGGUGUUAGCAAUGAUAACAUGAUAGCAAAAGUAAAUUUUAUUAGAAAGUGCUCCGAGUGUAACAAAAAAGUUACAAAUCAAGAGAAUAAUUUGUCUUGGGAAACUAUGGACUUUUGUAAUGAAUUUUGUUUAGCAAAACACCAAAAGAAAAUAGGUUCAAACUGUGCAAGUUGCCAAUCAGAAGUUAGAUCCAAUUGCUUGGGGAAAUACUGUGUUCGAUUUGGAUAUGAUAUAAGACAAUUUUGUAGCAGUUCAUGUUUAGAAGAGUACAAAAAAGGGCUAAAAGUCUGUUCUUAUUGUCAGAAAGAUAUGUCAGGUGCUGGGGAUGGCUUCCUGGCACCUGUUGGUGAUAAAGGACAGUUCAAAGAUUUUUGCUCACAAAACUGUAUGGAUAAAUAUGAUGUUAUGAGUAAUAACAAAAAAUUAAGUGCUAAAACUGGAUUAUUAUGCUCCGUUUGUUUGAAUGAAAAACCAAUCACAAUAGAGUUUAAUCAUGAUAACAAAUUAAAUUUAUUCUGCUCAGAGCCAUGUUUUGUUGCCUUUAAAUUUGUUAAUAAUAUAACACCAGGUAAAUGUGAUAUGUGUAAAAAUUACGUCGAUAAUAAAAUUCUAGAAGAGAAUUGUAUAUUUUAUGAUGGAGCACAACACAGUUUUUGUUCAAAAAGUUGCCAAAAUAUUUAUAUUAUUUCUCACAGAAAAAUUGUACCUUGCAGUUGGUGCAAAGUGAAAAAAUACAAUUUUGACAUGAUAAAGAAAGCUGUUCCAAAUGGACAGGUGUUAAUGAUGUGUUCACUAAAUUGUCUUAACUUGUACCAGGUUUCAGUUAAUGCUGUAAACUCGAGAAAAAUUAAAUGUGAUCACUGCUUAAAGUUUCUACAUCCCUUGUACCACUUAACAAUGUCAGAUGCAACUAUAAGAAAUUUCUGUUCUUAUUCUUGCGUUAUGGCAUUUCAAAAUCAGUUUUCUAAGGCACCAAUUACACUUAAUGAAGUUAGUGAAGAUGUACCUGUACCUACUGGUGCUCCUAAAAGAACAAGGAGAGCCACUGCAAAAGCCGCUUCAGAUCCAUUAGUACCAGCCGAUGUCCCAACAAUUCCAGUUAUAACCAGUGUACAAUCUUUAGCAUCAACCAAUGGUCCUUCUACUGUAUCAACAAGAUCUUCCAGAUCAAAAAGUAAUGCACUGUCGACUGCCACAUCAAAUAACAGUUCUCCGGCUAAUUCCCAAGCAUCUACACAAAUCAAAACGCAAAUUAAACAGCAGAUAAUUGUUAAACCUCGUCCUCUUCCGAUGCAAAGGAACAUAGCUACCAUGUGCAAAGUUAUUUCAACAAAUAAAGGCACAAGCUGUAAGCCUUGUGUGACAAACAAGGAAACACAAACAACUAAAUUGGAAGACAAAAAGAUUUUAAUUCCUAUACCAGUACCUAUAUACGUUCCGUGCCCUAUGGCAAUGUAUUCUAUGCCAUAUCCGGUGCCAAUACCAUUUCCUUUACCCGUUCCAGUUCCCAUUUUUAUUCCUACGACCAGAAAUUCUGCUAAUGGAAUUAUGAAAGAAAUAAAGAAAAUACAAGUUAAAAUUCCCACUGAUCCAUUUGAAGCUGAAUUGUUAAUGAUGGCUGAAAUGGUAGCUGCUGAUAAAAAAGAAGAAAACACAGAUUCUGACAGUGGUGAAGAUGACGACGCUGCUGGUGGCCCAGAAGAUAGCUUUAGCCCCGAACCUGUGGAUACAUCAAAUGCCUUUGGGGAGGACGUAUUGCAGAUGGCAUUAAAAAUGGCCACAGAGUUAGAUGAGCCGGCUGUCGAUUUAGAGGGGGCUCUAACAGCUAAUACCAUUACCGCCUCGCAAACUACUGACGGUACAGGAAAUGACGAAUCAGUUGACGAUCCUCAGCCAAUGCAUAGCAUGAUGGAAAGGCAGUCUAUGAGAGGUAGAAAAAGAGGAAUGCGAGGAUCCAGUCGAGCUUACCCAAGCAAAAGAGGGCGUCGUUCGACACAUCACCAGCAGGAAAUGCAAAUGUUGGAACCGCCUCAACCACCUGCUCCCCCUGAACCGGUGGAAAAGCCUGAUGCCAACAUGUGUCUAAAGUAUACAUUUGGGGUAAAUGCUUGGAAACAAUGGGUGACAACCAAAAACGCAGAGUUAGAAAAGUCUUCGAAGCGCGUGAUACUUUUCAAACCUGAAAUUCUUCAACUUACAGCAGAUGAGUUAAAUUAUUCGUUAUGUCUUUUUGUUAAAGAAGUUCGAAAACCAAACGGACAGGAAUACGCCCCCGAUACGAUUUAUUAUUUGUGUUUGGGUAUUCAGCAAUACUUAUUUGAAAAUGGCCGAAUUGAUAACAUCUUCUGUGACCCCUAUUAUGAGAAAUUUACUGAUUGUUUGGAUGAAGUUGCUAGAAAAUUCUCGGUUCUUUACAAUGAUUCUCACUAUAUAGUAACUCGUGUCGAAGAAGAGCAUUUAUGGGAAAGCAAGCAACUUGGGGCUCAUUCUCCACAUGUACUUUUAAGUACAUUGGUAUUUUUUAAUACAAAACAUUUUAACUUAACAACGGUUGAUGAACAUAUGCAGCUAUCAUUUUCCCAUAUAAUGAAACAUUGGAAGCGAAAUCCCAAUCAGCCUGGUGGCAACAAAACUGGCACUAGGAACGUGUUGUUAAGGUUUUAUCCGCCACAAAGCGCCUUAGGUAAUGCUAGAAAGAAAAAAGUUUAUGAACAACAAGAAAACGAAGAAAAUCCUUUACGGUGUCCGGUAAAACUAUACGAAUUUUACCUCACGAAAUGUCCGGAGAGUGUGAAAACUCGAAAUGACGUUUUCUACUUAAUGCCUGAACGUUCUUGUGUACCCGAUAGUCCAGUGUGGUAUUCAACUAUGCCAUUGCCAAAAAAUGCUUUGGAAAAAAUGUUACAUCGAGUGAAAAUGGUCAAAGAAAUAAAUGUAGCGCUAUUGACGAGCUAGAUGUGAAAGUGAUUUUUGUUUGUCAAUUUUAUUAUGGAAGUUUCAUUUAAAAAUGUACAUAUUGGCCUUCUAAACAAAUCACAGCUGCCAGCAAGAAAAUUAUGUUUUUUUUUAAUUGUCGGAAUUGCAUGAGAAUGAUUCCGUUGGACAUACAACUUUUGCACAGUGCAUGGUGGUCCUGCAAUUGGUGAACAUAUGUUUUAUUAUAAUUUCUUUUCUUUGUAUAAUUUUUAAAAGUAUAGUUAAUGUAAGUUCACACUUAUUUUCUACAAUUCGUUUAAUUUUCUAAAUUGUACAUCAAAGUUUUAUUAAACUUUUACAUAUGA